CCCCUUCCCGCCUACACACCCACACAUGGCCGGCCGGCGUCAAAAGGCUUGCUCACUCCUUACCCCAGACAGAUAAAUCCCUCCCUCGCGGACACACGGACACGUACAGCAUCGUCAUCAAUCAUAUCAGAUGGGUUUGGUCUUCCUCUGUCUGCCCACAAUCUCCUUGAAGGUUCGGAACUGCUGCUUCUGCUGCUGGUGCGCCCUCUGGCUGCCGUGCACAUCCUCAUCGACCGGCUCCCCCACCUGCAGCAGGCACAUGGCGACGAAUCCCAGCACCACCACCAUCACAAUCACAGCCACAGCCACCACCACCGUGUGCGACGUCUCCUGAUGAAGGCUCCUGUGCCGCUCAAGCCAGUCCUUGCAGUUGAGGUGGGAGCAGUACCGCCGCCUCACGUCCACGUGCAGCAGCCGGGCGGUCGACGAGAGGGGAAAGCACCGAGUGACCUCCCUGUCACACAACUCGUGUGCCGCCUCCAGCUUGUGCUCGUCACACACGCUCGUGGGCUUCCGCCGUCUGUGUGGUGGCCCAUUGCAGACGUCAAACACCUCGCAGAGGUCGGCCAGGCAGUGGGUGGCGUUGUUGAUGCUGUCUGGGUGCCGUGUGUCCAUGUGGACGUCGAUGUAGUACUCGGUGCGGAAGAGCUUCUUGCAGAGGCUGCACUGGUAGUGGCCGCUCUUGAGCUUCACCUUCUGCGACUCCUGGUAGUGGUAAUAGUCGUGAUCGGGGUCCAUCCCGCACUUGGGCGGCCACUUGAAGCCGACCACCUUCUUGGCCUGAGGCACGAUGUACUCGUGGAGCGCCGCGCGCACCCAACGCGACACCGCCCUCGAGCAGCCGACAGGGCUCUCCUCCUUUGUGUGGUACCGUGGCGCUGCCGGCCGCUGCUUGUCGGACUUCGAGUAAGAGUGGUGAUGCUUCUUGCUGGCGGUGUUGGGGACGAAGAGAUGAGGGAGCCAGGCGGCAAGGACGAGCAGGAAGCGCCGCCAUCUCGUGCACAUGCUGACGCACAGAUGAUUUCAAACCAUCGCCAACGGCUCGCCGGUCACUGCCGCAUCGAUGACGGCUCCAACAAGCCCGAAAAAAGGAGGGGGAAG